AUACUUCAUCAACGUAAAAUCAACACACAACAUUUUUUUAUUUCGAAAAGUGGGUGAUCAAUCUGCAAAAUGAAUUUUUUUCUGCCUUUGGUGUGUGUUUUUCUCAUAAAUUAUGCGACGGCUAGUGAAAUAAAAUGUGGUCCCAACGAAUACUUAAAUACCUGCGCCUCCUACUGUGAUGAAGUACCAACUUGCCAGAAUCCAUAUCCUAUAAGAGAUCCAAAUAUCGCCUGUCCAGCAGUUUGUGUUGAAAGAUGCACUUGCAUUCGAGGAUACAUUAUGAAUAAUGGCAAGUGUAUUAGACGAGAACGUUGUCCUAAGUGCUAACAAGUGACGUCAUAUGAAUGUAAAAAUGUGGCUAAUUAAAAUUUAUGGAAUAAUAAUAAUAUGCAAAAAG